AUGGCUGCCCGCUAUCGCCAGACCGACGGUCGAUCGGCCUCUCGAUCCCCUUCACCACCCGACUCGGUCGAAAGCGCGUUGUCAUCUACAAGCACUCUCAUCUCACCAGUUCCAGAUUCCUCUUCACCACCACCUUCACCUUCCUCGCUAACAGUUGCAACUCCGCCAUCCAUGUACAGCGGCUUGGGCACUCGCCCCCGCCGUUUAACACCGCCGUCACGACUUCUCGGUGCCAUAGAUGAAGACAGCCCUACCAUACAGCCUGACCUGCCGUUCUGGAGUGACAGUGAAAAGAACCCCGUCACCAAACUUCAUGUCUACGCUGCCGUGGUCAAUUCCAGACAGAAGCCCACUCUCGCACCAAUUUCGAGUCCCCCAGCCAACGAAUUCGAUCGUGUGAUGGGACCGCGUGGUGAGAGAUUUGCCGAUCUACGAAUGAACCGAAAAUUGGAGGGAGCCAAGGGCUGGAAGAGAUUCAUGUGCUUUGGGCGUGACUUGCAAAUCCGUCCGGCUGCCCAACGAUUGGCAAGCCGAGCUUCCGCCCCUGCAGAUGCAGAUUUAACUUGA